AUGGAAGCCAAUCGUGCAGCAGACGAAGCCCGCCGACGCCGAGAAGACACCGAAAGACGCGAAGAAGUUAACAGAUUGAGAGACCGGGAUCGAGGCGACCGCGGCCGUGGUCGCGGUGGAGAUGCGUGGCGGGGUCGGCGAGGCGACAGAGACUACGACCAUCGAGGUAGGCCUGGGCCACGCUUCGGCGAAAACAGAUCGCGCUCGCCGGCACCGAGACAUCGCGAUACAAGAGACAGGGGCUCGUUCCGUGAAUCUGCACGAGACAGCUAUGUUCCCAGAAACCGAGUUAGUAGCGGUCGAGGCCCUGGGCGUCGACGCACCGUCACACGCUCACCCUCUUCGGCGCCUGCAUCCGCACGGUCUGCCUCGCGCAGUAGGAGCGCGGAGCGGAAGCGAGAGUCGAGUCGCGGGUCUCCCUCCCCGGCUCAUCGAAGAUCUCGGCGAGACCGUGACCCACCCAGUCCCAGGCCUGCGAGGAAUCGGUCCACGUCAUUGAAAAGGAGUGAAGGUGGCUAUCGCGACUCACGACGGAAGCGAGGAUCCACGAGGAGUACUCCUCGUCUCGAAGCCGCUCCCCUGACCACAAGAGACGAUCCCGCAGUAGAUCAUCAGGCUCAGAAUCUUCCCGAAGCUCCAGAUAUCGGAGUCGGAGUCCCAGACGCCGACCUUAUUAUGGCCGUGCAGUCUCGGAUUCUCGAAGCGGCCCCCCGGGCCGCGAUGGUAACAGCGUGCCUCACUCUCCAGGCAUCGAGAGGCGUAAUAGAAAGCCGGACGAAGAAGAGCAAGGAAAGAAUGGCAAUAGGAAGGACCGACAAGGGGAUGCUCUGA